AUGGUGCAAAAUGUCUUCCGCUCUGGUUUACUACUGAGGGACAUCAAUCGCACCUUUAUGGUCCUUAUUCCGAAAGUGACAGGAGUGACGGAAGUUAAACAUCUUCGAUCUAUAAGUCUAUGCAAUACCACCUAUAAGAUCAUCGCAAAAAUCCUAGCGAAUAGACUGAAGCAGGUUAUCAAGAAAAUCAUUUCCCCAAGCCAGUCAGUGUUCGUUCCGAGGCGAUGGAUUGGAGAGAAUGCCAUCCUGGCCAAUGAAGUGCUUCACUCUAUGAAUCGCAAGAAAGGGAUGAAAGGAAUUAUAGGUAUUAAGGUGGACAUGCAGAAAGCUUACGAUAGGGUGGAUUGGGUCAUGAUUUCAAGAAUUUUAAUUCUUUUUGGCUUUUCCGACAAAGUGGCUAAAUUGGUCUUAAAUUGUAUAUCUUCUAUUUCCAUGGAAUUGCUCCUGAACGGAAGCAUAUUUGAUAAAAUUCCGAUGGAACGAGGGCUCUGGCAAGGAGAUCCGCUGUCUCCUUUUCUCUUUAUCCUUAUGGCGAAAUUACUCUCUCGAAUGUUAUUCAAAUGGGAAAUUGAUAGAAAGAUAACUGGCAUGAAGUUUGGCUGUUCCUCUCCGUCAGUGACACACUUGUUAUUCGGAGAUGACGUUAUCAUCUUCUGUGGCGCCAAUACCGAAGAAGCCUGCAACAUCCAUCGAUGUCUACAACUCUACUGGAAGUGGACCGGACAAUCUUUCAAUCGAGAAAAUUCCGAAUGUUUCUUUUCUCGCAAUGUUAGCAGCAAAGGAAAAUCGGACAUAAAAAAGAUCUUAGGAAGGAAAGAGCUUGAGAAAAACACCAAACACUUACGUUUACCUUUAUUUCUCCUUAAAAAUAAAUCUGAAACUUUCCAGCAUCUCCAACGGAAAGUGGAAACUCGAAUCCAAGGGUGGAAAGCGAAACUUCUCUCCCAGGCAGGCCGAGCUACCCUUAUCAAACACAUGGUUACCUCCAUUCCGGUGUAUACAAUGUCAACUUUCCUACUUCCCAAAGGUUGGUGCCAACGGAUACAAAGCAAAGCCAGAGCUUUUCUAUGGACGAACGAUACUUCAAACAUGAGAGGCUUCAAUCCUAUCGCUUGGAGAAAGGUGUGUCAAUCAAAAUUCAAUGGUGGCCUAGGCAUUAAACACUUAUGGAAUUUCAACAAAGCACUCAUUGCCAAGAUCGGAUGGUGCUUAGCAACAGAUGAUCAAGCUCUGUGGGUGCAAGCCCUCAAAGCAAAAUAUUUCCCCCACUCUUCCUUCAUGAAGUGCAAGAAGAAAAACCAUUGUUCCUGGCUUUGGUCUGGUGUCCUCAGACUAGAAAUCUUCUAG